UGUAUAUCAACAUAUAUUAAAUAAGUUUUACUAUUCCACGUAUAUCUGCAUAUAUCAAAUAAGUUUACUAUUCAACAUAUAUCAACAUAUAUAACAAGCAAAACAAUAAAAAAUGAGAUCAAUGGAUAGAAGGUAUUGGUGCCGUACGCGCUCUUCAAUCUUAUUUCUCGGUUGCCCUCUUGAUUUUGAGUUGGUAGAUUUAAGUGUUUUGAAAAACAAACCGCCCUUAUCUGAGGAAUCUAAAGACGAUGAUGACUAUUCUGAAUAUGAUGAGGAUUAUGAUAAAAAGUUUGAAUGGCUAGAGGAAUAUAUAAAAAAGAAUUAUGGAACUCUUUUCUACCUAGGUCAAGCUAUUGUAGGACCUGAUCUAAGUGAAUGGAGUGAUCGAAACGAAGUGUACUUGGCUAUUCAUUUACCAUAUGAUGAAGAUGAAGAAGAUGAACAACUUAAAAUUCCUGAUUUAAAAAAUUUUUUUACCAAUUUUGAUUUAAAUGUAUUGGACCAAUUUCGUGAUCUGAUGAAAUUGUUAGGACAACCAGAAAAUGAUUCUGAACCUGGAUUGUGUUCCUGCCAAUCCAAUAUAGGAUAAGAAGUAAAACAUAAUAAUUUAGAAAUAUAAUAGUAAUUAUUUACUUGGAAAUUGCGGGUAUUUUUAGCAAAAUGUUAUUAUCAGGAAAGUAUCAAAUGC